CGUCACGUUCAGGUGAUUUCUAACAACGUGAAAUGACCCACCCUUGGUGUUGUUUAUACUUUCACUUAGCUUUCACAACAGUCUUUAAGACCUUUAACAAACGUACGUGAAGUCUGAUUUCAUUCUCCAUAUACAUAGCUCUGUGUGUUAGAUAUGAAGAACUAGAAGAAGGAAGUCUUAAAAUUCUUACUGGGUUUAAUAAAAUGCUUUGACUCCUAUAUUGCAUUUUAGCCAAAAGUGCAGCAUCUUUUAUGGUAAGCAUACCAAAUGAUCACGUGAUUGCAGUCAAGGGUCAUCCAGCUGUACUGGGCUGUCAUUUUACACCGCACCCUGACCUCUCCAGCCUGACUAUAGUGUGGCAACGCCAGGAGGACUCACAAGUCGUGCACAGCUUCUAUUAUGAACAGAACCAGCUAGAUCAUCAAAGUCCAGAAUACCACAACCGGACCUCAUUGUAUAUUUCAGAGCUUGGUAAAGGGAAUGCCUCUCUCAGGAUAGAUGGAGUUGGACUGAAGGAUGUGGGUUGGUACCUGUGCAAAGUGAACAACAUCAAUGGGGCAGAAAAAGCCAAAAUAAAACUUGACUAUGGAGCCUUUUACUCUGAGCCCAGGUUGAGCGUUCAUGUGAACUCCACCACAAUAACAGUGCAGUUUGAGACAGAGGGAUUCCCCAAACCUGAGGUGAUCUGGCUGGAUGAAUAUGGCCAAAGUCUCAUUCAUCACCUGGAGCUCCAUGACCAGACAGAAGAUGGACUUUAUUUAGUCAGGAGCAGAUAUGAGGCUCAGAAGGCAGCAGUUAAUGUCACAUUUACACUGAAGAACCACCUCCUGAACCAGAACCUUGAGAGACAUGUGAUCUAUGUUCCAGGAGAUGCUGGAGAAGGAAUCAUUGCACUCGUAUUUCUCUCAAUUCUUUGCAUCAUUUUGAUUGGGAUUAUUGCUCACAUGAUGAGAGGAGCAAAAGCAGAUUUAUUAGCCUAAUGCCAGAAGCAUCCUUCAGGAAGCAUUUUUAAACCAGUACUGAACCAUAGAUAGAUUCUAUUGUAGCCUACUUUUGCCAUGGUUUUGUUUACUCUAAUGAACCCAAACUGUUUACUUAUUUCAGUUAUCACUUUUCCCCUUUUCACAUGAUCAUACUACUUACAAUUGUCAUAGCAUAUCUGUUGUUUAUUUUUUUAUUUAUUUUUACAUUUAUUUUAUUUUAACAUUCAAGUCUAUUUAUAAAACAUUUAGCUCUUUAGAACACAGCAGUAAUUACAGCUGACAAAAAUGUUUUUAUUUAUUUUGACUAUAUUUUAAUUAUUUCUAUGGAAUUGUGAUGCUCAGUGAUGUGGAAUUUGGACAUGAUUUUGUUCUGUUUAAAGUUAGAAGGUCAUCUCAGUAAAUAAUUGAUGACAGACUGAGUUUGAAGCUAAUUAUUCUGUUCAAUACAAAUGCUGAACCACUAUGAAAUCUAAGACUUGCUAUUUUCUGCAUACAUUUUCUAAUUAAGCUAUUUAUGAAGUUAUCACACAUUGAUUCAAUAAAUCAAAUUAGAGAGCUGCGAUUCCAGACUUUUUUUAUUUGUUUGCUUUUAAAACAGAUCAACGUUUUUACCUUUUCGGUAACGUUACUCUUGAUACGGAUGUUUUGUGUUCUCGUCUACCGAACAAUGUCUUUUAUUUUGAAAUUUGUUAAACUGCAGAUCUAUAACUACAAUGGAUAGACAAAAGCUGCUUGAAAGGAGUCAUGGCGGUCAUGUUGCUGUAAUCUGUCUAUGGAAAGCCAUUCACCAUUUUUAUUCACCUCAAUGGUUUGCACUCUAUCUGCCAUGUGCCUUGCGCUGCUUUAUUUAACUUUAUUUUUAUUUUUUUAUUAUUCUUUUACAUGCCCUUAUUU